AUGCUCAAAUGUUCACUACACUGUUUCAAAGGGACAUUUGUGCCAUUUUUUCCCUUUAACCCAAAUAUCACAAAUAUUAAUCACAAACGAAUCACUGACUUUUCAGGUGAUCAUACUAAAUACAACUAUGACCAAAUUCUUCAAUUAUCAAUUCUCUUCUACGAAUCCCAGAGAUCUGGUAAACUACCAGCUAAUAACAGAAUACCAUGGAGAGGAGAUUCAGCUUUAAAUGAUAAAGGAUCAAAUGGUGAAGAUUUAACUGGUGGAUGGUAUGAUGCUGGUGACCAUGUCAAAUUUGGCCUACCAAUGGCAUUCUCCACGACAAUGUUAACCUGGAGUUUACUGGAAUUUCAAGAUGCUUACCAGGCUUCUGGACAACUACAACAUAUGUAUGAUUCUAUUAAAUGGCCACUGGAUUAUUUUCUCAAGGCCCACACGAAACCCAAUGAAUUCUAUGUUCAGGUGGGUGAUGGAGGUAAAGAUCACAGCUAUUGGGGACGACCGGAAGAUAUGAAAAUGGCUCGUCCAUCAUACAAAAUUACUCCUUCUUGUGCCGGAAGUGACGUGGCUGCAGAAACUGCUGCUGCAAUGGCGGCUGGAUAUAUGGUUUUUAAAAACAAGGAUUCAGCUUAUGCUAAUAAACUACUGUCUCACAGUAAACAGUUAUAUGACUUUGCUCUAGCACAUCAAGGUAUUUAUACACAUUGUAUAAAUGAAGCUGCUGCUUAUUACAGAUCUAUGGGUUUUAAAGAUGAAUUAGCCUGGGGCGGAGCCUGGUUAUAUUAUGCCACCAAAGAAGCAAAAUACCUGACAUCAGCUGAGAAAUACCAUCAACCCGGUAAAUCCUGGGGAUUGUCAUGGGACGAUAAACAAGCUGCCGAACAGGUUUUAUUGUAUAAAUUGACAAAGAAAGAUAUAUACAAGAAAGAUAUUGAGGCCACCUUUCAGGACUGGAUGCCUGGUGGUGGUAUCCCUUAUACUCCAAAGGGUCUGGCCUUCAGAUUAAAAUGGGGAGCUUUAAGAUAUGCUAGUAAUAUGGCAUUCGUCGCUCUUAUAGCAGCAGAGGAAGGUCUUCAUUCUACUGAAUACCGGAAAUGGGCUAAGGGUCAAAUUCACUAUGCCUUAGGAGAUACUGGCAGAAGCUAUAUUGUAGGGUUUGGUAAAAAUCCACCAAAACGUCCACAUCACAGAGGAAGCUCUUGUCCAAUGAUGCCAGCCCCGUGUGCCUGGUUUGAUCAGACUCAACCCGGACCUAAUCCACACACUCUUUACGGUGCUUUAGUUGGUGGUCCUGGUAAGAAUGAUGAGUAUAACGAUAAAAGGGAUGAUUAUAUCCAUAAUGAAGUUGCAACAGAUUAUAAUGCUGGGUUCCAGGCUUCUAUUGCUUGUAAGUAUUAUUUAUUUGACUUUGCAGAGUUAAUUCGGAUUAUAAAUGGUUAUCUACAAGAUCGUGAAUGCUAUUUGUCAAUAUUAUCAUCUUUAUAUAUUUAUUUAACGUUUCAGGUCUGA